CUAAUCUUCAACAUUUUCUCAGACCGGUCCAGCUCACAAUGACUGAGUCCUUCCAAGCAACAUGACCCACUUUGGAUAUUUCAUAUGGAUUUUCUUCUCCGCGUGGGGGAGCGUGUGGACUCUACCUCAUGUGAUGAAGUAUCAAAUAGUGACACCUCAGAAGCUGAAGAAUUCAUCUCACAUUACUUAUGCUGCCACCCAUCAGCAGUACCCUGAUGUACUGCAGUACUCUGUGACCAUUGCUGGAAAAAAUUGCACAUUGCACCUGGAGAGAAAUAAGGAACUUGUCGGAAAAACCUUCACUGUGACACAUUAUUCCAAAGAAGGCACUCUACUAACAACAACACCUGCUCUUGAGAAUCACUGCUACUACCACGGGCAUGUCGUGGGAGUGGACGACUCCUCCGCCAGUGUGGAGUUGUGCUCAGGAUUAAAGGGAUUUGUGCACCUCCAGGAUCAGACGUACUUGAUAGAACCCCUGACCUCACUGCAGGCUGACAGUGGGGCUCGAGUUCACAGUGACGAGGGUCUUCAUGGAGUCUACAACUACAAACACCUGAGGAGGAAGAGGAGCUCCUGUUCCCAUGGAAACACAACCAUGUACUAUGAUCAUGGUGCUCGUCCGUCUGGACUGUUCCAGCUCAGCAGUCUGAGAAGCAGAGGCCAGACUAAAGACAGAGGAAGAAAACAACGAACAGUGGAGCUCGCUGUUGUGGUUGACAAUACAGAGUACAAGAAGUUUGGUAAUAAAAGGACAGUGGAGGCCAGAGUGCUUGAAAUAGCAAACCACGUUGACAAGCUGUAUCGUCCAGUGGGUGUCCGUGUGAUGUUGGUAGGUCUUGAUAUCUGGUCGUACAAAGAUCAAAUAGAGGUCAGCUCCUAUCCCGAGCAAACGCUGCGCCGCUUUCUUGAGUGGCGCCAGCGGAACCUCCUGCCGAGAACGAAGCAUGACAACGCACAAUUCAUCACAGGCUUGGAUUUCAAAGGAACCACAGUUGGUCUCGCCAACACAAACGCAAUGUGCACCUCGAGCUCGGGAGCGGUCAAUGAGGAUCAUAACAAUAACGCAAUAGGAGUGUCCUCCACUAUUGCCCACGAGAUGGGUCACAACUUGGGCUUGUCUCAUGAUACUGAAAACUGUAUCUGUGGCUCUUUGACUUCGAAAAAAGGCUGCAUUAUGGCAGAGAGUGUUGGUGUCAUGUAUCCAGAGAUGUUCAGCAGCUGCAGCCAGCAGCAGCUCAACAGGUUCCUGGACGAGAUUAACCCGGCUUGUCUGUUGGAUACCCCCUCUAAUGCUCGCAUUUACGGUGGGCCAGUGUGUGGCAAUGCCUUCCUGGAGCCUGGAGAGGAGUGUGACUGUGGAACCGUAGAGGAAUGUAAAAAUCCCUGUUGCAACGCCACUAACUGCAAACUUAGCGCAGGAGCCCAGUGUGCUCAGGGUGAAUGCUGCCACAACUGUCAACUGAAAGCGUCAGGCAGCGUCUGUCGGCCAAAGACGGGAAACUGUGACUUGGCAGAGCACUGCACUGGACUGUCCGCCUCCUGUCCUCUCGACACCUACGCCCAGAACGGCCUGACGUGCAACCGUGGGAAAGGAUACUGCUACAACGGACAGUGUCCAUCGCGGCAGCAACACUGCAAGAGACUGUGGGGACCAGAUGCUGAAGUUGCCGCAGAUGCUUGUUUCUUCCAGCAUGGAGGCUGCAGAAAGACCCUGUUUAUGCAUAGAUGCUUUGGCCAAGAGCAAUCAUGCGGGACACUUUUCUGCUCGGGAGGAUGGGAGUUCCCGGUGACAUCCAGGAAGUCCUUUUACAAAGUUGGAAGUGAGCAAUGCAACGAGGCGACCAUGAACCCUGAAGACAACUACCCUGCAGACCUGGGCAUGGUACCCACUGGUACCAAGUGUGGCAACAAUAUGGUAUGCUACAACCAAAAGUGUCAUGACAUCAGAAACAUAAGAGCAUAUGGAACCCAUGACUGCUCGGCCAAAUGCAGCAAUCAUGGGGUUUGUAACCAUCAGAGCAAGUGUCACUGCGAUCCUGGCUGGGCUCCACCUUUCUGUGAUGUGCUGGAGUCAGAAGUAUCCGAAGGAGGAGGACUGGGACUUAUUGUCUCGCUGGCUGUUGGCUUACUCAUCUUCUUCGUCCUCCUCAUUGGCGGUUUCAUGUGCUGCAGCCAGAAAAUGCAACCUGCAAAGAGAUGCCUCCAAUCUACCCCAGGGCAGACAAAUCCUUUAUUUCGAUCAGGCGUUGCAUGUACCAGCACUCAUCUUCGCUCCACAACCAUUAGCCAGCCAACAUUUGUGGAAUCUUCAGCCACUCAAGUGUGUAAACCGCUGUCCUUUUCCAUGGUCGGAAAAUCGAGUGCAGCGUUCAAGCCCUGCAGAACAGCUCCUGAGCUCCCCAGAAAGGAGCAAACUGUACCUCAGCCAUCAAAGACCCAACAGGGUUUAAGGCCAGUCUUGCAACCACCGGCAGUACCAAUUAAGCCAGUCUACUCUGAGGCUAAGCCACUACCUCCGUCCAGACCUUUACCACCACUUACAUUAAAACCAGUCACAAAACCAAAACCUGUCACGCCUCCAGUGAAGCCAAAGCCUGCCGUCGUCCGGCCGCAGCUGCCUCACACUCAGCUGCUUGCAGGGAGAGUUGCCCUAACUCCAGUCGGCAGACCUAGAUGACCGAGGGGAAUCAUUCCGCUUCUGAAAUCCUCAGACACUGAUGCUCUUAUCUCACCUACAAGGACUUAAAAAAAAAAGCUCUCAGGAGAUGUUGGUGUGGAUUCAUGCGGGGACGAGAUCCAGCUGAAGGAUCAACAACAAAAAUAAGCGUCAGAGCUUUUUUUCUAUGCCAUGAGGAUUGCCGCCGUCUGCCUUGCUUCCUUUUAAAACUUUGAUUGACAGCUCUAAUGGCUGCACCACCAUAAUGAUGAUGAUGUGUUUGAAGGGAAACGUCUCUCCUCCUCAACCCUGAGAUAUGUGAACACUUUAUGAUUGCACUGCUGAUGCUGUAACUCUUCACAUUGUUUUGGUACUAAGAGAAGUUUAGGGAUUUUCCAAUGUGGCACCAAUGUGGGCACUUUAAAGAUUGAAUAUGAAUUUGCCUUGAAUCCUUUUGUGAGACUGUAUGAAUGUAUGAUUUUGCGCUUAACGAUUGUCUUUCUCUCAUACCAACAUGUUGAUUUUAACUUUUCAAUGGAUUUUUUUUAAUGUGUAUUCUAUGCAGUAGUCAUCCCCACAUUGUCCCUUACGAAAGUAAUAAUAAUGACUCCUUAAAACGAGGACUCAAAUUUCAAACUGAGUUUCCUUUAUAUUUAUAAAGACCAUCAUGUGUGCAUGCUUGUGUCCCAAUAAAAUUACAGGCAACAUGA